GCCACUAACAAAACCAGCCGAUCAAGCCAUUCUCUGUUGUUUUACUUUGAACUUCUGGAAGUUCUCUGCAAGAUCUUUACACUGGAGAACAUGGACACUACAAAGGAAGCUACCAUAAAUGAAUCAAUGGUGCGUGUUUUUUCCCCUGAAAAUGAUGACAUUGAAAUCCUGGACAGUGGAAGGAGCAUCACUGCGAUAGACACAAAGAUGAAAGAGCUUGAUUCACAGGGCAAAGAUGAGCCAUUCUAUGUGUUAAAUCUUGAUGAUAUAUUAGAAAAGCACAUCAGGUGGAUCACUAGGUUGCCUCGGGUCAAACCUUUCUAUGCAGUAAAGUGCAACUACACACCAGCAGUUAUCAGGAUGCUCAACGCUCUGGACACAGGUUUUGACUGUGCCAGCAAGGCUGAGAUCGAGCUGGCCCUGUCCCUUGGAGUUACGCCUGAUAAGAUCAUUUAUGCCCAUCCUACCAAACCACGGUCCCACAUUAGAUAUGCCCGCACUCACAGAGUGAAUGUAAUGACUUUUGAUAAUGAGGAGGAACUCUUAAAAAUCUCUCUUACCCAUCCUCAAGCCAAGCUAGUAAUGCGAAUUGCAGUGGAUGACUCCAAAUCUCUCCUAAGACUCAAUGCAAAGUUUGGAGUCAGACUGUCCUCAGUUAGUAAACUGCUGGAAUGUGCCAGAUGGCUGAACUUGGAGGUGAUUGGGGUCAGCUUCCACGUAGGCAGUGGGUGCACUGGAAGUAUGGCCUUCAAGCAGGCUAUCACAGAUGCUCGAUAUGCUUUUGAUAUAGCAAAUUCAGUGGGCUUCCAGAUGCGCCUCUUGGAUAUUGGUGGAGGCUUUCCUGGGAGAGAAGACUUCACUGAAGUGAAAUUUGAGGAGUUUUCAGAAGUCAUUAAUAAAGCACUGGAUGAAUUAUUCCCACCUGCCAAUGGGUUGGAGAUCAUUGCAGAACCAGGCCGAUUCUAUGUCGACUCAGCCUUCACACUGGCAGUAAAUGUCAUUGCCAAAAGAGUUGAAGACACAGAUGAAUGCAGUGGUAAAUGCUUACCAGAUCGGAAGGACUACAGCUCUGAGAAGAUGAUGAUGUACUACAUUAAUGAUGGAGUAUACGGAUCAUUAAGCUACCUUAUCAAUGAUCCUGCCCACACCAAGGUUGAACCAUGGCCUCUCAGGGCUGUUGACAACAGUGAACCGAGAUACUACUCUGCUAUCUGGGGUCCAACCUGCGACAGCUUUGACAAAGUCACCGAAAGCUACUGGAUUCCUGAGUUGCAUGUGGGGGACUGGCUUCUUAUUGAUAACAUGGGGGCUUAUUCUCUUAGUACAUCCACUGACUUCAACGGCUUUGAAAGGGCACACAUUUACCCUGUUGUGACAGCUAAGACCUGGCUCGCCAUACACCAGUCUUGCUUAAAAAACACUAUCAAUUAAUGAUCAGAUAAUAACUGAGAAAAGAACAAUAAGAAAAUGUAACUUAAUGUAACUAUCAUUAAUUUGUGAGUCGAUCAUUUGAGUUUUUCUUGCUGCCCGGUAAUUAUAGAAUUGUGUAGAAUUUCUGCUCUUCAAGAAAUGUAAACUGAAAGAGUGUGAUUUCAUGAACAAAUAUUGAACAUGGAUAAACAUGCUGUUUUGA